CUAAAGAUACAUCCAAGCAUCAACUUCGCAGCAGACCAAACCAAUCUUCAUUAUGCAGUUGCAGGCAGCUCUUUCCGUAGCAACUCCAUCAUCAUGCUCCCUCCUCCCACCCACAGCCAAAUCAAUGGCGUUCUCAGUCCGAUCUAGGUCCAUUGGAAGGCACCCCACUUCUCAAACUCAACGACCCAUCCUAAAAGCAAAGGCAAGUGCCGUCGGACAAGACCCUUCAACUGUUGACUACAGCUCCAUCUCCUCUGUUUUCCCAGCAGAGGCUUGUGAUACUGUUGGAGGUGAAGCUUGUGAUGUGGAAAUGUAUCCUGAAGUAAAGCUAAAACCAGAGGCCAAAAAACAGGGUAGUGUUACAGAGCCAGUUGAUAGAGAGUAUCUACAAUAUGACAGUCCCAAGACAGUCUUUCCAGCGGAGGCCUGUGAUGAUCUGGGUGGUGAAUUCUGUGAUCCAGAGUAUCAAAAAGGAGUUUACUAGAAGAAAAUCUUAUUGGGAACUAGUACAUAUAAACAAGGAUUGAGCCUAUAGGUCACCUUUCAGUUGUUUUCUUUUACUUUCUUUUUUUCUUUUCUUCUCUCCUUUGCUGACUUUCUCUUAUGCUUGUAAAUGAUUAAUAGACUACAAAGUUCUUCAAUGCU